AUGGCAGAAGACAUCAAGUCCAAAAUCAAGAACUACCAGACUGCCCCUUUUGACAGCCACUUCCCCAACCAGAACCAGACUAGGAAAUGCUGGCAGAACUACCUGGACUUUCACCGCUGUGAGAAGGCAAUGACUGCUAAAGGGGGUGACGUUUCCGUGUGCGAAUGGUACCGGCGAGUGUACAAGUCCCUCUGCCCCAUAUCCUGGGUGUCGGCCUGGGAUGACCACCGGGCAGAAGGCACAUUUCCUGGGAAGAUCUGAACUGGCUCCACCCACCUCUCCUCUGUCCUGCAUCCUUCUCCCAGGGUGGUGAAGGGGGACCUGGGUACAUGGUGAUCC